GGAAGGAGAGCUCAGGAAGAUUACGGCAGGGUUCAGCGUCCUGGAAAUCCGUCGCCAAACUUUACCGUCGGAUGUGAUUUUGGGCACACAUUUGCGGAAUAUACUGGCCCAAGGUGGAACGAGUGUGGCGAGAUGGAGGAUGGGAAACCGGUGUGGGCACCCCACCCUACAGACGGGUUCCAGCUGGGCACCAUCGUGGACAUCGGAGCGGACAGUCUGACUAUUGAGCCCCUCAAGGAGAGAGGCAAGACUUUCCUUGCUCCCGUCAACCAGGUGUUCCCUGCCGAGGAUGACGUCAACAAACACGUGGAAGACAACUGCUCGUUGAUGUACUUGAAUGAAGCCACUUUACUAAACAAUGUCCGCGUGCGCUACAGCAAAGACAAAAUUUACACGUAUGUGGCCAACAUCCUGAUUGCUGUGAACCCUUACUACGACAUCCCUAAGCUCUACUCCCUGGACACCAUCCAGCAGUACCAGGGCCGCUCUCUGGGCACCCUGCCCCCGCACGUCUAUGCCCUCGCUGAUAAAGCCUUUCGUGACAUGAAGGUCCUGAAGAUGAGUCAGUCCAUUAUUGUCUCUGGAGAAUCAGGGGCAGGGAAGACCGAAAACACCAAGUUUGUACUCAGGUAUUUAACCACCUCUUAUGGUACAGGUCAGGACAUUGAUGAGAGGAUAGUGGAAGCUAACCCGUUGCUGGAGGCCUUCGGUAAUGCCAAGACGGUCCGUAACAACAACAGCAGCCGCUUUGGCAAGUUUGUGGAGAUCCACUUCAACAGCAAGAAUGCUGUAGUGGGGGGGUUCGUGUCCCACUACCUCCUGGAGAAGUCACGGAUCUGCAGGCAGAGCUCGGAGGAGAGAAACUACCACAUCUUCUACCGGCUGUGUGCAGGGGCCCCGGAGGACAUCCGGCAGAAGUUCCACCUCUCCUCUCCAGACUCCUUCAGGUACCUGAGCCGGGGGUGCACACGCUACUUCGCCACCAAGGACACAGACAAGCAGAUUCUUCAGAACCGCAAGAGCGCAGAGCACCUAAAGGCAGGGCCACUGAAGGACCCACUGCUGGAUGACCAAGGGGACUUCAGCCGGAUGGUGGUGGCUAUGAAGAAGAUUGGCCUGGACGAUGGUGAGAAGCUGGACCUCUUCCGGGUGGUGGCUGGCGUACUCCACUUGGGCAACAUUGAUUUUGAGGAGGCAGGCAGCACGUCAGGUGGCUGCGUCAUAAAAAACAAAUCGGGGCAGGCUCUGGAGCACUGCGCAGAGUUGCUAGGUUUGGACGAAGAGGAUCUGAGAAUCAGCCUUACCUCCAGAGUCAUGCUCACAACAGCAGGGGGCGCUAAAGGCACGGUUAUCAAGGUUCCACUGAAGGUGGAGCAGGCGAACAACGCCCGCGAUGCCCUGGCGAAGGCGGUGUACAGCAGACUCUUUGACCACGUGGUCACCAGGGUGAACCAGUGCUUUCCCUUCGACUCCUCGGCCAACUUUAUCGGCGUGCUGGACAUCGCCGGGUUUGAGUAUUUUGAGCACAACAGUUUUGAGCAGUUCUGCAUCAACUACUGUAAUGAGAAGCUCCAGCAGUUCUUCAAUGAGCGCAUUCUGAAAGAGGAGCAGGAACUGUAUCAGAAAGAGGGCCUUGGUGUGAACGAGGUGAAAUAUGUCGACAAUCAGGACUGCAUAGACCUGGUGGAGUUGAAGCUAGUGGGUAUCUUGGACAUUCUGGAUGAAGAGAAUCGUCUACCUCAGCCAAGUGACCAGCACUUUACUGAAACCGUCCACAACAAGCACAAAAAUCACUUCCGUUUGACUGUCCCUAGGAAGUCCAAGCUGACGGUGCACAGGAACGUGAGGGAUGACGAAGGAUUUAUCAUCCGACAUUUUGCAGGAGCUGUUUGCUACGAGACGAAUCAGUUUGUGGAGAAGAAUAACGAUGCCCUCCACAUGUCUCUGGAGAGUCUGGUGAGCGAGUCAAAAGAUAGGUUCAUACGAGAACUUUUCGAGAACUCCAUCAACUCUAAAGACGCCAAGCAGAAAGCCGGCAAGCUCAGCUUCAUCAGUGUGGGCAACAAAUUCAAGACCCAGCUGAACAUCCUACUGGACAAGCUCCGCAACACGGGCUCCAGUUUUAUCCGCUGUGUGAAGCCGAAUUUGAAGAUGGUGAGCCACCAGUUUGAGGGCACGCAGAUCCUCUCCCAACUCCAGUGCUCAGGGAUGGUGUCAGUCCUGGACCUGAUGCAGGGUGGCUUCCCAUCCCGCGCACCCUUCCACGAGCUCUACAACAUGUACAAGCAGUAUAUGCCACCCAAGCUGACGCGUCUGGACCCGCGGCUCUUUUGCAAGGCAUUGUUCAAAGCUUUGGGACUGAAUGAGAAUGACUACAAGUUUGGCCUCACUCGAGUCUUCUUCAGACCAGGGAAGUUUGCGGAGUUUGACCAGAUCAUGAAGUCUGAUCCAGAUCACCUGGCUGAGCUGGUGAAGCGCGUCAACAAGUGGCUGAUAUGCAGCCGCUGGAAGAAGGUCCAGUGGUGCGCACUGUCCGUCAUAAAGUUGAAAUACAAGAUCCUGUACAGGGCUAGUGCCUGUAUCCAGAUGCAGAAGACUGUGCGCAUGUGGCUGUGUAAGCGAAAGCACAAACCACGCAUCGACAGUCUGGUGAAGGUACGGAACCUGAAGAAGAGGAUGGACACGUUUAACAAGGUGGCGUCUGGCCUCAAGGAAGGCAAGCAGGAAAUGAGCAAACAGAUCCAGGAUCUGGACACCUCCAUCGAUGCCCUCACGCUCCGGAUCAAGGCUACGGUCAUGAGCCGGGUGGAGAUGGACGUGGAGCACCAGGCAUUAGUGAGGCGCUCCGAGCAGCUUCUUUCCACCAUGCAGAGGCAGAGACAGGAGGAAGAGGAGCGUGAGAGACUGCGCCGCAUCCAGGAGGAGAUGGAGCAUGAGAAGAAGAGGAGGGAGGAGGAAGAGAGGCGGCGCAAGCAGGAAGAGGAGGAGAGACGCCUGAAAGCGGAGAUGGAGCUGAAGAGGAAGCAGGAGGAAGAGUCAAGGAAGAGGCAAGAGGAAGAGGAAUGGCGAUUGCAGGAGGAGAUGGAACAGCAGCUUGAGGUGGAGCGAGAGGAGGAGGCAGCCCGGCAGGCGGUGCUGGAGCAAGAGAGGCGGGACCGAGAGCUGGCUCUGCGAAUAGCUCAGAGUGAGGCGGAGCUUAUUCCAGAGGAGACACAGUUGGAAGCUGCACUCCGAAGUAAUGGCAGUGCUCCAUCAUCCCCCGAGAGUGUGAAUUUUCCUUCACCACAAAAACUGAAGAGCCUUACCAUGGAAGAGAUGGCUCAGGAAAUGUCCGAUCUGCUGGCUAGGGGCCCACAGGUGCAAGCUACGAAGGCCGCAGCUGGCGUCAAGAAGUACGAGCUCAGCAAGUGGAAGUACGCCGAGCUCCGUGAUGCCAUCAACACGUCUUGUGACAUUGAGUUGCUGGCAGCCUGCCGCGAAGAAUUCCACCGCAGGCUGAAGGUCUACCAUGCUUGGAAGUCCAAGAACAAAAAGCGCAACACAGAAGCCAACCAGAGGGCUCCCAAAUCGAUCACGGACUAUGAUCGUGCCCUGCAUGCAAGAGAAGUCUCCCAGCGCCACGCAUUGCCACCUGUCCCACCCCGCCAGCACGAGAUUGUGAAGAACCGGCAGCAGCGCUACUUCCGAAUCCCCUUCGUACGGCCCAGUGAUCAGUACAAGGACCCCGAGAACAAGAAGAAGGGGUGGUGGUAUGCCCACUUCGACGGGCCCUGGAUUGCCCGGCAGAUGGAGCUGCAUCCAGAGAAGCACCCCAUUCUACUUGUGGCAGGUAAGGACGAUAUGGAGAUGUGUGAGCUGAGUCUGGAGGAGACGGGCCUGACCCGCAAGCGUGGUGCUGAGAUCCUGCCGCGGCAGUUCGAGGAGAUCUGGGAGCGGUGUGGGGGUAUUCAGUACCUUAGACACGCCAUUGAAACCAGGCAGGCACGACCCACCUAUGCUACCGCCAUGCUCCAGAGCCUGCUCAAGUAGACGUACACAUACUUUGUGCAUACUCAUACACGCUCACACACUUAUACAUGCACGCAUACAGUGAAUACUUAUGCCCCUGCCAUGCUAGAGUCUGCUUAGGUAGAUGUAUGCAUGUGUACACAUAUACACACACACACACACACACACCCACACCCACACACUUACUUGCUAGAGUGUGCUCCAGUAGCUUCAUCUCCAUGGACAUACUCUUAUAAUCCAGGCAUCUUUCUAGAUCAAAGGGAAGAAGGCACUUCCAAGUGUAGUUCAUUGUAGGACUACUCUCAACUCUCAUCUCAUCACUGAGCCAGUGUAUGCUGGCUGGUGUCCUUUGCAUUGCUGCCAUUGGUUGUUUCAUUUCCCUUUACAUUUUUUUUCCUGUAAGAUUUUCAAGUUGAUUUUCGAAGAAUCACUACAUUUGACAUCAUAUUUUUCUUGCAUGUUUCUUUAUUACAUGUAUAAGUAAGAAGCCUUAAUAACUGACAGGGUGAUUCUCUUUAAGCGCUUUCUUGAUACUUUUUUUUUUUUUGUAUAUUAUGAGAUAUUGAUAAUUAAUAUCUUCUGAAAGAAACAUCACAUUUUUGUGUCAUCACAACAUCCUACAAGAAAUAUUUCUUUCUAUUGUAACUACAUCUGCUUAUGUGAGAUGUGUUGCCAUUUCAUUUUGAUAAGGUACUGCUAGUGCAGUGUAACACAACUGGAAAAAAUCUUUGAUAAAGAUCCACUGUUUCAAUGUUUUCAAUCCAUAGACACUACAAUUACAAUAAUGUUAAAUAAUGAUGACUUAUUUGUGUAUUUGUUGAUUAUUGGCAUGGUAAUAGUGUCAUUUUGUUGCUGAAUGUUACUUUUGCACUGAGAAGCAAAGGUUGAAGAGAAAAAUACUCAUUUUUAGUUCAGGUUUAAAUUCUAAAGAUGGACUAUUUUUCUGAGCAAUUUUUCUAAAGUUCCUUAACCAUCAUAACUGCUCCUAAUGCUCUUCCAACUACUGAAUGUUUGCAACAUUUGAAAUUGUUUUUUUCCUUUUCCACAAAGUUGUCAAAAGCAUAAAAUUGAGAUGGGUUCCUCGAGAUUACAUUGCAUUGGUCAAUUUUUUUGUACGAUUUCCAAUGAAAUAUGUCCCUUUUAAUGAUUUUUCCUUCUGUUUACCUAAACAUAAUCUACACAAAAACAAAUCCCAGAGAGAUUUUUCUUUAUUUUGGGCACAGGGACCCAUAUAACAUGUUAGAUUAGCCUCUUUGUCAUCAGUAAAUCAAGUAUGAGUUCUGGCUAAAACAUAAUAUGCAAUACUUAUAAGUGGCAAAUUGUGGUUUGGUCGCUGUUGGUCCAAAUAUGUAUGCUACUAAAUGAUGAAAAUGGUGAAGCUAAAAAAAACUGCAAUAUCGUACAAAGUUAAAGAACAUCAUUAUCUGCCAUGCGCAAGACCUCAGAAACAGAAUAAACUUCAGAAUUCUUAAUGUCCUUCUCUGUUGCAAUUCUCCCUUGUAUCUCACACAUGCGCAGUACAGGACAUUUUAAAUAUGUAAGUAAUCAUUCAAUAAUGAUUCUACCGAGGUGUACAGGUUUAUUUUCAUUAUCGAAGAGUAUGCAUUUUGUGUUCAUGUAUACCCCAAAAGCUAGAUAAUUAGCUAUUUAAAGAACUGAACAGCGAUGGUUCUGACCUGUGCUUCUCAGGCCUUCUUCGCAGGAUCCAGCAGCACUGUGUACUUUAAUGUCCCCAUGAUCCAACAUACCUGCUUCAAAUGCUUCAACUCAUUAGCAGUGUGCUUGGUGAGCUUGACUGGGCUAAAAUGUGUAGUGAGGCAGGCCUUCAGGAGCAUGACUGAGAAACACUGGUUUAAACAAAUGCCCUUUCAAGCCUGAUACUGUCGGAGACUAAUUGGACCUGCUGGUUAUAUGCGAUACCAUUUCCUCAUGUACCAGUGGAGCAGGGCUAACAUGCAACAAACGUUUCAAAAUAAGAGCAUCUAGUAAGCAUGCAUAAAACAUGAAGAUAAUGUUGCACGUAUAACAGCAAGGGGCACCACCUCAUAUCGGUUAUCUUACCUCCUCUAUGAUUGGGACUGGGGCAUUUAUGAAAGCUGCAAGAAUUCUGCUGCAGGCCCAUCCAGGUGUAACCUGUAUUGUACUGUAGCUCAGCUCUGCCUUGUGACUUGCGUUACAUUUGAUCCUAUGACCAUGACUUUUCCAUAGUGUUUUUUUAAUGGCAAUCUCUAACUGAUUUAAAUAAAUGAAUUUCCUGUUUGACUAAAAUUCUCUUUAUCUUAUUCAGAUUUGCCUGUAUGUGGGUAGGGGAGGGGGAGUAUAAAUAGGACCUGAUAAAUGGUUCUGCUGAUUGUAAAAAAUAAAAUAAAAUAAAAAAUUCUUACAUUCAUGCCA